AUGAGCCAAAACAUCCACCAUGAAACCUCCCAUGUUGAUCAUUUCACCCUCAAUAAUAAUCUACAUACCAAUGGUAAUGUAGAUGAACAAUCAUUGUAUCAGCUCUUGGUUCAGAGUAAUGAUGGAGAGAGUGAUCGCCAUCCAUCCAUUCUCAGGAUUCAACUCUCCGAUCAAGCCGUUCUCUUUCCUUCCUUACUCUUUUCAUCUCAAUCAAAAUAUCAACAUGUUAUUGUAUGUGGUAGUUGUGAGAAUGGUGAAGAUUCUUCUUCAACCCACCAUUCACACGACCAUGAUGAUAUUCCUCGCUCGAUCAUUCAAAUCAAGAGUCCAAACACUGAAAUUGCAUCUUUACAUACCAAUACAUCGUCAUCAUCCGUAUCACUACGACCUACUCUUGAAUUUAGAAAUGUUCAAUUCGUGAGUGUGUGUGAUGAAAAUGUCACCACCACCACUAUGGAACAUACGACAACUACGAGUACUGUCAAUACUUCUACCAAUACUGUUCCUACUACGACCAAUACUAGUACGAGUUCUCCCAACAAGACAACAACAACAGAAAAUUCUUCUUCAUCCAUCAUGACCUUUCUCAAUAUGAAUCUCAAAUUCCAUCACUGUCAUUUCCAAGGUGUUUCAUUAGUAUUGAAAGGAUGUACUCAAUGCACACUCACUCAUUCACAUCUCUCAUCGUGUACAAGUGCAUGUGCCAUUCAUUGUAUGGAUUCAUCUCAUAUUCACAUUUCCAAUUCCAUUCUCUCCAAGCAUGAACGAAAUGCAAUCAAGUGUCAACACGAUUCAAAUGUCCAUUUGGAACAUGUUCAGAUUCAAGAUUCACUUGGAAAUGGUAUCAUUGCACAGGAUGGUUCCCAUCUCAAACUCUCUCAUUGUCAUGUUCUUCGUAAUCAUUCUUUUGGUGUAUUGAGUUAUCAUGAUUCCACUCUUGAGAUUUCUCAUUCCAUCAUUUCACAUCAAUUACAAAGUGGAAUCUCUUUGACCAAUACCAAUGCUCAUACCAUACUUUCAUAUAAUCAAAUUCAUUCCAAUUCAGAGAAUGGAAUUAUGGUGAGUGGAAUGAGUAAUAAGGGUCAAAUGGAAUUUUCCAAUAAUGAAAUUGUCAAUAAUGAAGCGUAUGGAAUAUUUAUCAUGGAUGGUGUUGGAAUUCCCAUUCAUGUGCAUCACAAUUUGAUCAAAGGAAAUCGAUGUGGACCUAUUAAGGAUGAUACGACGAGUGAUGAUCAUCCUCCAAGGAUGACAAUCGAGUCUCUUGGUAAGAACAAGAGCAGCAGCAAGAACACCAACAGUAAGAACAGCAAGUCAGGUCCUGAAUAUACAUGA